AUGAGUGUUCCAGCUAUCAUAAACAACGAAGUUUCUCAUAAUUCAGGACUCCAAUCAUCCUUUUUCAUUUACAUUAAGCUCGAUGCUACUUACUACAUAGCAGGUGAAAAAUUAACUGGAGAAAUACUUCUGAACUUGCCAGAAAAAAGUUCUCCUUCAAAAAUCCAAUUAAAUGCAACUGGUCUCGAAUUAGCAAAAAUAACCAAGUCAAACGGGCAAGUUUCUGAAUCCAAAAACGACGUUUUCCACAUGACAACUACCCUAGUCCAAUGAGAUAAUUAUUCCCCUUCAGGCCAAUUUGUAUUUCCCUUUUCUUUUAAGUUGCCACAUUAUGCACCUUCAAGCUUUGAUUUUGACGAUACCAAUAGUGAUGGACACAGAAUACAAGCAAAAAUUGAAUACAAAAUAGAAGCUUCAUUUGAAAUGGAAGGACAAAAAUCGUUAACAGACCAAAGAAUCAUGACCAUUUUUAAUAGGAAUACGCGUGUAUCAAGGCAGUAUUCUGUCAAUUCCACUAAACCUCUAGUAUCUUGCUUCUGUAUCAAAAGGGGAGCCUCUGCUAUUAAUUUGUGCUACCAAGGCACUGACCAUUCUCAAAUUGGGAAAACUUCGAAGUUUCGUUUGGGAAUUGACCAUAAAUCAACACAAGCACCUAUAAUCAGCAUUGUAGGGCAACUAUUAUUUGAAUUAACCGUACAAAUUCCCGGGGAUAAAACAUAUAAUUAUACAAGUCUCGUAUGCAGAAAUGCGCCAAAUUUGCACUCACUGCCACAUAUUGAUUCCACACCUAAAGAGAUGGAAUACGAAGCAAAUCUAGCGAACCUGGAGUUUGGAAAUAAUGUGUCAACUAAUGAGACUGGAUUGAUACAAGCAAUGUACAAGGCGCAAGUGUUUGUGCUGUACGAUGUUGGGUGUAGAACCAAAAGAUCUGAAGCAUCGCUCACAGUUCAUGUCAACCCAAAGGUUAUUGAAGAAAGGAAAAUAGAGCUGCCUACAAGCUGGGAGCCAAAGGAGUCGUCUAUAUCAAAUUUGAUUUUGGAAGCCUGCAAUGGACUGCCAAUUGGGUCUGCUCAGCAGAAUUCGUGCAUGCCAAAACACCCGAUGAAUUAA